GGCCCAAGGUCACCCUGGGGACGUCCCAUGGCCUUGUGGACACCCCAAGGUCACCCCAUGGGCACCCCAUGGACAUCCCAUAGUCCCAAGGCCACUCUGGGGACACCCCAUGGACACCUCACAGCCUCCAGGCCACCUUCGGGACACCCCAAGGCCACCCUGAGGAUGUUCCAUGGACACCUCAAGGCCUUGUGGACACCCCAAGGCCACCCUGGGGACACCCUGGGGACACUUCGUGGACAUCCCGUGGCCUCCUGGACACUCCUAGGACACCCCAUGGACACCCCAGGGCCCCAAGGCCACCUUGGGGACACUCCAAGGUCACCCUGUGGACACCCCAAGGCCACCCCAAGGCCUUGUGGUCACACCAUGGACACCCCAAGGCCACUCUAUGGACACCCCAUGGACACCUCAAUGUCCCCAAGGCCACUCUGGGGACACCUCAAUGUCCCCAAGGCCACUCUGGGGACACCCCAAGGCCACCCCAUGGUCACCCCAAGGCCACUCUAUGGACACUUCAUGGUCUCAAGGCCACCCUGGGGACACCCCAAGGUCACUCUAUGGACACCUCAAUGUCCCCAAGGCCACCCUGGGGACAUCCCAUGGCCUUAUGGUCACCCCAAGGCCACUCUAUGGACACUUCACGGUCUCAAGGCCACCCUGGGGACACCCCAAGGUCACUCUAUGGACAUUUUAUGGUCCCAAGGCCACUCUGAGGACACCCCACGGCCACCCCAUGGACACUUCAGGUCCCACGGCCACCCUGUGGACACCCCAUGGCCUUGUGGUCACCCCAAGGCCACUCUGUGGACACCCCAUGGACACCUCAUGGUCCCAAGGCCACCUUGGGGACACCUCAAGGUCACUCUGGGGACACCUCAAUGUCCCCAAGGCCACUCUGGGGACACCCCAAUGUCCCCAAGGCCACCCCACGGUACGAGCAGAACGGUUCCCUCGCGGUUCCCCAGACAGGGGACAUUGGGGACUCUGGGGGUGACCCCAGGUGACGCGGGCGUGUCCUGGCAGGACGGGAAGGAGACGGUGAUGAAGGAGGUGUUCCCUGGGGACAGCGUGCACAGCCUGCUGAGCAUCCUGGACGUCAUCACGGUACCUGGGGACAUCCAGGGGCUGUCCCCAACCCUGGGGACAUCAUGGGGGCUGUCCCCAACCCUGGGGACUGUGGCCACCCCAACGGUGCGGCUGCAGCGCGUCACCUUCCUGGCCUUGCACAACUACCUGGGCUUGACCAACGAGCUCUUCAGCCACCCAAACGCGGCUGUGGGCAACCUGGACCCGGCUGUGGGCAACCUGAACACGGCUGUGGGCAACCCAAACACGGCUGUGGGCAACCUGAACCCGGCUGUGGGCAAGCCAAACCUGGCAGUGGGCAACCUGAACAUGGCUGUGGGCAACCUGAACACGGCUGUGGGCAACCCAAACACGGCUGUGGGCAACCUGAACCCGGCUGUGGGCAAGCCAAACCUGGCAGUGGGCAACCUGAACAUGGCUGUGGGCAACCUGAACACGGCUGGCAACCUGAACCCGGCUGUGGGCAACCUGAACAUGGCUGUGGGCAACCCAAACCUGGCAGUGGGCAACCCAAACCCGGCUGUGGGCAACCUGAACACGGCUGUGGGCGACCUGAACCCAACCAUGGCCACCCCUCUGUCCCCUCCUGUGAUGGGGUUCUUGGUGGUUCCUGGUGGUUCUGUGAGGUCAGGAUGGGAUCCUGGUGGGAUCCUGGUGGUUCUGUGGGGUCAGGAUGGGAUCCUGGUGGUUUUAGGGACUCCUGUGGGGCCAGGAUGUUCUGCUGACCCCGCACCUUCCCCUUGCCCUCGCCAGGACCCGUCUCUGCUCAACAACCGCGUCCUGCUGCACCACGCCAAGGGCGGCACCGUCAUCGCCCGCCAGGGGGACCAGGACGUCAGCCUGCACUUUGUGCUCUGGGGCUGCCUGCACGUGUACCAGCGCAUGAUCGACAAGGAGGAGGGUCCCACUGACCACAGAGACGUCAGCCUGCACUUUGUGCUCUGGGGCUGCCUGCACGUGUACCAGCGCAUGAUCGACAAGGAGGAGGACUGUUCCCCCCAGGACGUCAGCCUGCACUUUGUGCUCUGGGGCUGCCUCCACGUGUACCAGCGCAUGAUCGACAAGGAGGAGGGGGAUAAAGGGGAGCUGGUGGGGGAGUACGGCCGGGGGGACCUGGUGGGCGUGGUGGAGGCGCUGACGCGGCAGCCCCGGGCCACCACGGUGCACGCGGUGCGGGACACGGAGCUGGCCAAGCUGCCCGAGGGGACCCUCAACAACAUCAAACGGCGGUACCCGCAGGUGGUCACUCGCCUCAUCCACCUGCUGAGCCAGAAGAUCCUGGGCAACCUGCAGCAGCUCCGCGGGCCCUUCCCAGGGUCCGGCCUGGGCGUGGCCUCCAGCUCGGAGCCCAUCAACCCCACCAGUAACCUGGCCACGGUGGCCGUGCUGCCCGUGUGCGACGAGGUGCCCAUGGCGGCCUUCACGCUGGAGCUGCAGCACGCGCUCAGCGCCAUCGGCCCCACGCUGCUGCUCACCAGCGACAUCAUCCGCGCCCGGCUGGGCUCCUCGGCUCUGGAGAGCAUCCAGGAGUACCGGCUGUCGGGCUGGCUGGCGCAGCAGGAGGACCUGCACCGCAUCGUGCUCUACCAGACGGACUGCACGCUGACCCCCUGGACGCUGCGCUGCAUCCGCCAGGCCGACUGCGUGCUGAUCGUGGGGCUGGGCGAGCAGGAGCCAGCGCUGGGAGAGGUGACACGGGGACAGGGACAUGGGGACAGGGACCUGGAGAAGACAGGGAAGAGCCCCGACCGCCACAGCGACUUCUCGCGCCUGGCGCGCGUCCUGACCGGCAACACCAUCGCGCUGGUGCUGGGCGGCGGCGGCGCCAGGGGCUGCUCCCACAUCGGGGUCAUCAAGGCCAUGGAGGAGUCGGGGAUCCCCAUCGACCUGGUGGGGGGCACCUCCAUCGGCGCCUUCAUCGGGGCGCUGUACGCCGAGGAGCGCAGCGCCGUGCGCACCAAGCAGAGAGCCAGGGAGUGGGCAAAGUGCAUGAAUUCCGUGUUCGAGACCGUGCUGGACCUCACCUACCCCAUCACCUCCAUGUUCUCGGGCUCGGCCUUCAACGCCAGCAUCAACCGCGUCUUCCAGGACAAACAGAUCGAGGACCUGUGGCUGCCCUACUUCAACGUCACCACGGACAUCACGGCCUCGGCCAUGCGGGUGCACACGGACGGCAGCCUCUGGCGCUACGUCCGAGCCAGUGCCUCCUAUACCCCCUACCUGCCUCCGCUCUGCGACCCCAAGGACAGCCACUGGCUGGUCCCCUCCGGCGCCGUUUCCCGGUUCCCAGGCUCGCUCUGGCGCUACGUGCGCGCCAGCAUGACCCUGUCGGGCUACCUGCCCCCGCUGUGCGACCCCAAGGACGGCAACCUCCUCAUGGACGGGGGGUACAUCAACAACCUGCCAGGCAAGUGCGGACACACGGACACACCGACACACCGACACACGGACACACGGACACGGCCGGUCAUGUCUCCACUGUCCCCUGAUGAUGUCAUUAACGAACCCCCGUCCCCUGAUGAUGUCAUUAACGAACCCCCGUCCCCUGAUGAUGUCAUCAAUGUCCCCACUGUCCUGACGAUGUCCCAGUGA